AUGGACCAAGCAUUAACAACUGUUGAUUCUACGAGUCAGGUUCAAGAAAAUGAAUUAUUAUUAAAACAAAUCAACUCUCCUGAUUUCACAUUAUACACAUGUAUUGAAUUAUUAUGUAAGUAUUCAAAUAAUAUUGGUAUUCAUUAUUAUUUAUGCCAAAGAUUAUUACAAUUUUCACAUUCAGAAUUACAAUUCUAUAUACCACAAUUGGUACAAAUUUUAUUAACUGUAGAAACGGAAUCAAUGGCUUUAGAAGAAUUACUACAAAAAUUAAGAAAUGAAAAUUUACAUUUUGCCUUAUUAACUUUUUGGCAAUUACAAGCUUUAAUUGUUGAUUUAUCUACUGAUCCUGAAUCAUAUGGGUUCCAAGUAGCAAGAAGGGUUUUAAAUAAUUUACAAUCUGUUCUAUUUAAUCCAACUUUAUUUUCAGAUGAUGAUAAUGAUAGAAAUCGUAUACCAAAUAAUUCAAGUUCAUUAUUUUAUGAUCGUCAUUCUAAAAUGAAUGAAAAUUUACAACCUGCAAUUAUUUAUUCUUCCAUGGUAAUGGGCUGUAUGGCAAUGCCUGAAUUAGCAGUGAUGACUCAACCAAUUGUAGAAUCCCAGGGUAAAAGACAAAAAUCAUACGUCUUUAAAUUAGCAAAAGGUGCAGUAAAAAAUUUAAGGAAAAAUAUGACUUUAAAGAAUGCUUUAUUAAAUAAAAAAGCAACCUCUAAUUCAACAAGUUAUUAUGGUUCGGAAGAUUAUUUAGAUUUAGCUAAGAAUAAUAAUUCAAUGUCAACAGCAAAUAAUAAUACAUUACCUACUUCUUUAUCAUCUCCAACUUCGCAAGUAGAUAUUGUUGAUCCAACUAUUUCAAGAGAGGAUGUUUUAUUUAGAAAGCAGAAGAAGACCUUAACUGAUCUAAAUUUUGAUAUGGUCGAUAACAUUGGUGAUAAAGUAUUCCAAGAGAGAAUAUCAAACUCCAUCAAAUUGCCAAAGAGAAGAUCUAAAUUUAUCGAUAAUUCAUAUAUUCAUAGAGAUAUUAAUAAGAAUGUAACACCUCCAAAAACAGCAAAUGGUAAAAAUGCUCUUCCAUCCAAGGCAGCUACUACUACUACUUCUAAGUCAAAUAAAUCUAAAGUAUUGUCUUCUCAAGAACAUGAAGAAGAUGAAGAAGAUGAGGAAGACGGUGAUAGUUCCAUUAGUAAAGAAGAUCAAACUUCUGACGAAGAUCAAUUUUCUACUUCAAUGCCUAAUUUACAUGAUUUACCCACUGCUACCAGACCUUCUAUUUCUUCAUUUGCAUCUGUUGAUAAAUCUACUGUAACUCGUACAUCUUCAAAUAAAUCGCCCUACAAUCAAGUCGCACAAUCCAAAGUUAAUUCUCCGUUAAGAUAUCCAACUCAAAACAGCAAUGGGAUAGAUAUUUCUAAUUUAUCAACAACAACAAAGAUCAGAAUGCUAAAAGCUAACUACUUCCGUCAUGAAACUCAAUUUGCAAUUGCUUUGGAAACCAUUUCUCAAAGGUUAUCACAAGUCCCUACGGAAGCAAGACUGAGUGCUCUACGUGCUGAAUUAUCACUAAUGAAUAGAGAUCUACCGGCUGAAGUGGAUAUUCCAACUUUGUUACCUCCAAAUAAAAAAGGAAAAUUACAUAAACUAGUCACGAUUACUGCUAAUGAGGCACAAGUACUAAAUUCUGCUGAAAAAGUUCCUUAUUUAUUAUUAGUGGAGUAUUUGAGAGAUGAAUUUGAUUUAGAUCCAACAAGUGAAAAGAACGAAGAUAUUCUAAAAAAUAGAGCAAAUAGUUCUAACUUCAGUUUUGAUUUGAAUUAUAUGGGCAGAUCUAGAAAGGCACAUCGCCAUCGUAGUAUCCAUAAAACUAAUACUGCUAAUAGUAAGAGUAAUAAUAAUAGUAACUCGGAUAAACAGCCAAAGUUAAUUAAAGAUAAAAAUACAAAUACUGAUUUAGUUAUUUUAAAUCGUGAAAAUCAUUCUAAUACCGAUCUUUCUAAUAAUAAUAGUCAAGAUUCAUUUUCAAACAAUGAAUAUUCAGAAAAUUCUGUUGCAGGUUCAACUAAUGAUUCUGACUAUUCAAAUGAUAAUAUAAAUUCUUCAGGAAAUUCAUAUAGUAAUAAUCACAUUAGAGAAGUUGAUUUAGGUGACAUAUCAAUGAUUAGAGUUAAAAAUCAAACCGAUGAUGAAGCCUUUCGAGGUUCCUUAGUUAUACAGAAUACUGCUGGUGUACCUAUCUUACCAAAUGACUCGGAAAAAAGAAAUCCAGAAUUGAAUUUUGUUACGAACCUUGAACAAAUGUUAAAUCAAAAUAGGAAGGGUUUCCCAUAUGGGUUUGAUCAAACUUUGGCAUUGGCUAAUGAAAUGAGAGUUUCUGCUGUUAUGCUUUCACAAUUGGACAAAUCACCACAAGAAUUUGCAGAUGCUAAAAAUCAAAUUCGUUCUAAAAUUAUUGCAUCAAUGCAAGAAGUUCAAGAUAAGUUUGGUUAUAAAGACUUAGAAAAUAUCCAUGGUAUGGCAGGUGAGCGUAAAAUGGAAAAUGAUUUAAUGACAGGUGGUAUUGAUACAUCCUACUUAGGGGAAGACUGGUCUGCUAAGAAGGAACGAAUCCGUAAGACAUCAAAAUAUGGUCAUUUAGACAACUGGGAUUUAUUUUCAGUGAUUGCGAAAUCAGGUGAUGAUCUAAGACAAGAGGCAUUUGCAUGUCAAAUGAUUCAAGCUAUGGCUCAUAUUUGGGCUGAUGAUAAGGUUGAUGUUUGGGUAAAAAAGAUGAAAAUUCUAAUUACAAGUGCUACAACAGGGUUGGUGGAAACCAUUACAAAUGCUAUGUCAGUUCAUAGUAUCAAAAAGGCUUUAACUAAAAAAAUGACUAAUGAUGGUGAAUUAGAUGAAAAGGGUGGGCAAAUCGCCAGUUUAAGAGAUCAUUACAUUCGUGCAUUUGGUGACCCAACCGGGUUUAGAUUCAAAAGAGCUCAAGAUAACUUUGCAUGCUCAUUAGCAGCAUAUUCUGUCAUUGGAUACCUAUUACAGAUCAAAGAUAGACAUAAUGGUAACAUUAUGAUUGAUAAUGAAGGUCACGUAUGCCAUAUUGAUUUUGGCUUUAUGUUAUCAAACUCUCCAGGUGCAGUAGGGUUUGAGGCAGCACCAUUUAAAUUAACUUAUGAGUAUGUAGAAUUAUUAGAUGGAACAGAGGGUGCAGCAUUUUUGAAAUUCAAAAGACUCGUAAGAGAUGCCUUCAAAUCAGUAAGAAAUCAUGCUGACCAAAUCGUUUCAAUGUGUGAAAUUAUGCAAAAAGAUAACAUGCAACCUUGCUUCAACGCUGGAGAUCAAACGAGUGUCCAACUUCAACAAAGAUUCCGCUUGGAUUUACGUGAUGACGAAGUAGAUGACUUCGUAGAGAACUUCUUGAUUGGUAAAUCUUUAGGAAGUAUGUUUACAAGGCUAUACGAUCAAUUCCAAUUGGUUACGCAAGGCAUUUACAGUUAG